AUGCAACCUAUGGAUGUUGCUGUGUACGACCCACUGAAAACUCAUUUUGAAAGGGAAGUCAAUAUUUUUCAAAAAUCUCACCUCGGUCGCAUCACCAGUACGAUGCAGCUAGGAUUGCUAGCACCAGCUUUUCUCAAAACUGCUGUGGCCAUCAAUGCAGUGCAUGGAUUUGAACGACCUGGAAUUUGGCCUAUAAACAAGCACGCUUUUGGUAAUCAGCAUUUUGCACCAGCCGAGGUACUUGUAGGUACAUCCACUUCGAGUAGUCAGACUGCAACUUUGUCCUCACUGGGAAUAAUUGCUUUGCCUGAGUCCGCGGUUCAAGCGUCACCUUCAAUUGAUUCUCACGAUCAACCCACAUUACCUUCAUUGGCAAAUGCCACUCAACAAUCUGAUUCCGUCCUCAGUCAUAUUCAAGAAGGAAAUACACCGAUUUUAGAAUCGAUUAAUCCUUUGUUUCGUCGUCAGAUGAAUUUGAAGUUUUAG